AGAGACAGUCUAUAUUAAUCUCAAGGUCAUUUUUCCACGCGGAGUUGCAGAGAUCAUUUAAUUUGAGAAAUUUAAGGAGUUGCAGAGAUCAUUUAAUUUGAGAAAUUUAACCUCUCUCUCUCUCUCUCUCUCUCUCUCUCUCUCUCUCAUUCUUGUGAAUUUUCAUCCAUGGAAAGGAAAAACCCACCUGAAACUCAAUUGUUUCAUCAAAUUUGCAGCUGAAUUGUGUUCAAUUUCCUAUCAUUUUUCCCUUGAUUUGUCUCAUAUUUCUUAUCUUACAUCUACAAAUCGAGUUUUAUCUUCGAUUUUGAAUCUCGAAAUUACACCUCAGACCCAGAGCCCCCAGUCACUCCAUAAUCAGAUUACUUAAAAUGCAAGACCCAUCUAUGUAUACAUAUAUAAACGCACGGCCACAACAACAGCAACAGCAACAGCCACAGCCACAAUUCCCAGACCAAGAACAAUUAAAGUGUCCAAGGUGCGAUUCUACAAACACCAAAUUCUGCUAUUACAAUAACUACAACCUCUCUCAGCCGCGCCACUUCUGCAAGGGCUGUAGAAGGUACUGGACUAAAGGAGGUGUUCUUAGAAACAUCCCUGUCGGCGGCGGCUCCCGGAAGAACACCAAGCGGAGCUCCUCCUCCGCUGCCUCCUCUUCUCCCACUGCCCACCACUCCAAACGCCCCGCCGCCACCUCCGCAUCAUCUGUCUCACCACCACGACCACCACCACCGGUUAGUGUUAGUGGAACAAAUACUGAAACAUUUCCUCUGAAGACAGAUAAUUACCAGGGGCAAUUUGGGAAUAUCAGCUCAUUUUUGGGAUCUAGUAGUGGACGAUUUGGUAAUUUUCUUGAUGGGCUCCACUCAAAUGAAACAAAUUUGCAGAUGGAUAUGUCGGGUUGUGAACCGGGUACCGGUACAGGUCAGGAUCCGGUCCAAAAUGUGGAGCCCCAGUUGAGGUUGGACUUGGACGGUGGAAGUAACAAUAUUGCAGAUGAAUUCUUGGACGUGCAGGUUGGUGAUGAUGAAACUACCUGUUGGAAUGGUAGCAAUGGCUGGGCAGAUCUUGCUAUGUACACUCCAGGCUCUACUUUUCGGUAAUUAAUCUACUAAAUACGGAAAAAAAAAAAGGAAUAGAAAAUGAGAUAAAAUAUUAAUGCGAUGGAGCAGUAUAAUGAAUAUGAUUUUAGCUUCGUUUUUCGAUCUUAAUAGUCUAGUGUGGUACACUGUACUGAGCCAAACAAGCAAGCAAUAAAUAUAUAUUGUUGACUCAGCUAUACUGGCUUUGUAGUUGACAUGUUUGAUCGAGUUUGGUUGCGUCAAGAAUUAAAGUUGUAUUAACGUUUAAGAUUCGUGUUCACGAGUUUUCACAAUGGAAUUGAUAUAUACGUAUUUAUGCAA